AUGCCACAACUAGACACAUCCACAUGAUUUAUUACAAUCAUUUCCUCAAUAAUUACAUUAUUUAUCCUAUUUCAAUUAAAAAUCUCUUCCCAAACCUUCCCUACAGCCCCCUCACCCAAAAUUAUAGCCACAGAAAAAACAAGCAACCCUUGAGAAUCAAAAUGAACGAAAAUCUAUUUGCCUCUUUCAUUACCCCAACAGUAA